AUGGCUCGAACUGAGUUCUUGGAACUAGCCGACAUUGCCACUCUGGCCCUACAGAUCGACAAUGAACUCCACGGUCUGAACCCCACGGCAGAGCCAACCAAGACCCCGGACCCCAACACGAUGGACUUAUCAGUCAUGCGAGGACGCCUCUCGGACGCGGAGAAGACCAGGAUGAUGCGAGCGGGCCAGUGCUUCCGUUGCGAGAAUCAAGGACACAUCUCGAGAGACUGCCCGGACCGUGGCCUGAAGGGGAAAGGGAAGGAGAAGUCCCGGAUUGCCAAACUUGAGGAGGAGGUCAAGCAGUUGAAGGCUGGAGGUAGUAGGGCGGACUUGUCAAAAAAUGGAGGUGCUCAGGAAUGA